CAUGUUCUCAUUUGAAGAUGAAGAAAUCUCUCCUGAAAUUUUGGAUAGCUUACAUUUGGACCUUUUCGUUGUCACCGACCAUACUAUGUACAAAAAUUAUGGAGAAGAACUGGAUAGUUAUACAGAAACGAUAAUAGACUAUGUAGGGCGUCUUUUCAGAGAUGCAAACCUUAAAGUUGACAUUGAAAUUAAUCUAGUGGGCAAAUUGCAUUUUAAAAGCGUAAAAGAUGAGAGGAAGCAUCUUAUACCAUUCCCCGAAAAUAUGAAUGACGCCCAUUAUUUAUUGGGCGCCUUCUGUACCUGGCAGGGAAGCUAUCUGAGGAAAAAAUAUGACUAUAAAGCAGCUAUACUAAUGACUAGGCGUGAUAUAACAGGAGGAAAUGAUUUGAACACUUUAGGAGUAGCCAAUAAGAUGGGAGCUUGUUCGGAUAAUAUGGCUUGUGCUAUAAUUGAAGAUAAAGGAUUUAGUACAGCCUUUACUAUUACACAUGAAAUAGGUCAUCUGUUGAAUUUACCACAUGAUGACGAUAGAGAUAACUGUAAAGGACCCACACAGAGGCGGAUCAUGUCGUCCUUACUCGAUGCAUCUGUUGAUAUAUUCUCUUGGUCUAAAUGCUCUGCUUCUCAUGUUCGGAAAUUCGUAAAGAGCAGCAAAUCGAAAUGCCUUCGAAAAAAAGCAAGAUCAUAUAAUACAACACACACGGGCAAUAUGAAACUUGUGCUGCCCGGCGAAUACUACAACGAGGAGAAACAAUGCUCUUUCUACAACAAAUCAUAUUCGUCCUAUUACACAACUUCUUGUCGACAAUUAGUUUGUAGGUCGCCUACGGGUAGCUUAGCAAAACUGCACUUCCCAAAGGCCGAUGGAACGCCGUGCGGUUAUAUUGAAGGAUUGAUGUGUUAUCGUGGCAGGUGUACGGAUUUUAGAGAUCCAAUAAAACCUUUAAACGGUGGUUGGGGACGCUAUAAAAAAGUUGGAACUUGUAGCAUUCCUUGCGGUGGCGGAAUCCAAUAUGCUGUCCGAAAAUGCAAUAACCCUAUUCCGACACACGGUGGUCGUUACUGUUCUGGGAGAAGGGUUAAAUUUUGGACCUGUAAUAGACAGGAGGUGACCGAGGGAGGGGUAAAGAUCUCUUUUUUCUCUUCAAACGACUUUUAG